AUGACAAGGUCUUUUUGGGUCUUGCUUCCCGACACAUUGGAAAGUUGGGUGGAGAACACCGCGACGCUGCGGCAUGCUUCCGAGGUAAACUCGCUCCGCCUCAAAGAUGCCGCCAAUAAAGGUUAUCGCGUAGUUCCCAAAAUAGUUCCUGUGGGUGGUGGUCAAUGCACCUUGCCCACCCACGUAAACCUGCAGCAGGCAGCAGAAGCCAUGGAAGCUCUUGGAGUCUGGAACGCCUGGGCAUCGCCUAUCGUCCCGCCUGAUUGCCGAGAUGCCAAGAUAGCUGCUCGUAAACGUAUACCCAUAACACCACGGUAG